CGCGAAGAGAUCCUUUCGUGGAAGGAAAGCCUCGACUCGACAACUCGACUCGAAACCUACCUCUCACCAAACCCCAACCCAAUCCUUCUCGAACCUUCUGGAUCCUUCCCCGCCAUGGCACCACGGGCCACGCCCAUGCUCCUCCUACCCCUCCUGCUCGCGCUGCUGCUGCUCCCGGCGCCGACCCGCGCCGCCUCGCUCUCCCUCCUCACCACCACCUCCACCUCCAACGCCACCCUCCACGCCUCCACCUUCCCGGACCGCGAGCCGAUCCCCACCCCGGACCCGACCUUCCUGCAGGACCUCAUCGACACCCUCACCACCAAGUACAACUGGGACCCCGACGCCGAGGUGCGGGUCUGGCCGCUCGACGCCGACGCCGCGCUCGUCGGCGCCGUGCAGCGCUACGAGUUCCGCGCCCGCGCGGGCAGCGGCUCCGUCGGCGCCGCGCGGGUCUCCGACGAGACCGUCGCCUGGUCCCGCCCCCGCGACGGCCAGCCCGCCGUGGAGGAGGUGUCCGGGCCCGACGGGAUCGACGUCGUCCCCGGACCCGGCGCCCUCGGGUUCGGCGACGGCGUCAGGGACCUCGACCUCGUCGGCCCGUUCGACGUGGCGGUUGCUGACGCGGGCCUCGCGGAGCUCCGGUUGCCGUCGUUGAAUGCCACAUAUACAGGGUUGAAGAGGGUGCUUGUUGGUGCUGGUAUUGCAUUAAAGAUUACUGGUGCACAGAAAGUGUACUUCACCCACACUCACAGUAUAGGUCUUUUAGCAAAUGGAAGCUUGUUGGCUACAAACAAGGACCUAAGCCGAAUACUGCCUCACAGCCACCCAACAUGUGCACCGUUGCUUCAUGUGAGUGUUGUAGGCUCGGUCAUAAUGAUUGCGCGUGAAACCGAUGUGUCGGGAGGCCAGAUGAAGUAUUUGUUGAGUUCUGAUGAUACUGUGGAGUUACUUUCAGACAAGCCUGAAGUGAACAUGUCAGAUCGGUUGAUCUCAGCAUGUGUGUUCUGCUCAAUCAGUCCAAGACUGCCGAGGCUUGAAAAUCAACUGAAGACUUGGUUCAGCCAGAGGAAUGAGUUCAAUAGAUCAAUGAACUUCAUCGAAGCUAAAGUGACGUCGCUGACUCUGGUAAAAUUUCGCUUGGAGCUCGAGAGGGACAUCACUGAAGAGGAUGACCUCUGGGAUGAUGUUCCAGAGUGGAAAACUUUACCUAUGGUCCAGCGAGUCUCACUUGACGUUAUCGCUAGGGUUCAAGAAGAGGGACGUCUGAAGUCUAUGCAAGUGAAGAAGGUAAGGAGUUCAUUUCAAAUCGUGGACGCUAGUUCCUGGAGCAGCUUGACUUCGAACGUUUCCUUCACAGACUUCAUGUCUUUUGUUCUGCCCCCUGAUCCGUUGUCAUUGGAUGUGAAGUGGUAACAUCUUUUUUCUUGUUAUUUACUUCUGAUAGUCAUAGGGCUGGUAGGAAAUUGCACAUAUACAUCAAUUUCGUGUAUAAUUUACUUGGACAAAAGUGUACCUGAAAAUGGGGGUUGUCUGUAAUGCAGUGUUCAAAUUGCUCAUGAUUCCUGACUGAGUUUAAACCUUUCAUUCCUAAUGAACAUAGCACGGCCAGAGCCAAGCAUUGUAUA